AUGGCAGCUUCAUCCUCUUCGAAAGCUCACGUCAAGCAUUUCAAGCCUUAUUUCACCCCUGUCGAAGUGGAGAAGCUGUCUGCCAAACAAAGAGGAAAGUUGAGUGUAUCCCGAGAAGAGAAAGUGAGACAACAAGCUUGUGGGUUCAUAGAUGCUGUCGGUGUCAGAUGUGGAUUCCCUAGAAGAACGAUAGCCACUGCUCAGACGCUGUACAUGCGAUUUCACCUUUUCUUCCCUUACAAGGAUUUCAACUAUGUUGAAGUGGCUCUUUCGACAUUAUACGUUUCUUCCAAAUUACACGAUACAAUCAAGAAACCCCGAGAAAUCAUCCUUGCUUCUUUUCCAAUCCGAUAUCCGAACUUGGUCAGAAAGGGGACAGUCGAUAUAGCUACGGCAGAAGCGAAUGGUCUUGAACAUGAGAGGAAAAGAGUGUUGGCCUGUGAAAGAUUGGUAUUGGAAACUAUGGGAUUUAAAUUUGGUGUAGAGACGGGUUUGAGGGGAGCCAUCAAGAUUGGCAAGAAAUUAGGUUUGGGGAAAGACCUCUGUCAGAGUGCUUGGAAAGUAGCUGUGGAUUGUCAUCGUACUCAAGCUCCUCUAUCGUUUCCUCCGCAUAUCAUAGCGCUUGGAUCGAUAUAUACUGCUUCUCUACUCCUAUCGGAGACGACCAAGUUGCCUUCCGAUGAUAGCACAGUGUCUGGUGGGGUACCAUCUGCCGCUCAAGUGGUGGGACUGCUGGGUAAAAGCGGACCGUGGGAAACGGAGUAUUCGGCUUCAGCAGGUCACAUCGAUGAUAUCGCUCAUCACCUCAUUGAUCUAUAUACCACUAUUCUAUCGUCCCUACCCGACAGUCUACCAACUGCUCAUACACCUUCUCCGGUAUCACCUAAAGAGCCAAAUCCUUCGUCGUCUCAGACUGCAAAUACCACUGCAUCAUCACCGACUGCAUUUCCUCUGCCAUUAUUCUGGACAACACAAACUCUGACCGAGCUGAAGAUCGAGCUGAGGAAUAGGAGACCUGGUGCACCACCCACCUACCUAGGCUGGACGGCUGCCGGUAACCACAAUGGGACUGAAAAUGGAAAUGAGGGAGAUGAAGCUGUUGAAGGGAUGGGCAAGAACGAAGGUACGAUCAGAUUCUUAUGGGAUGAUGAGGAGAUGGCGUGA